GUGCACCACAAAUUAUCGAGGCUAGAAACGCUGAAAGACGUUUGGCGCGGUUGGUAGACGAGCUACUGACAGGAGAGGGAGAGGAGCCGAGGUCAGAGCUGCGGUCCUUCUGUUGUGUCGUAUUUCCUCGUAGAGAAAGGACCACGGGUUACAGAGACAGUUGUACAUUUACUGAGAGAGAGUUGGGGCGGUUUUAUUUAGUUUCUUUUUCUCCAUAUUCACCAGUCAGCCGUCUAGCUAAGCUUUGCCCUGCGCAGGCUUAGGCGGAAACUGCUCGAAAAUGCCUCCCAUCGAAAAUGACACCGGCAAGAAUGAACUCAAGUCCCGGAUACAGCAGCUUAUUGACUCCAAUCAAGUGAUCGUGUUCAGUAAAAGCUACUGUCCGUUUUGUGUAAAGGUGAAAGACCUGUUCAAAGAGCUGAAAGUCGAGUGUAACGUGGUGGAGUUGGAUCUUCUAGAGGAUGGAACCAACUACCAGGAAAUGCUGCUGGAGAUGACGGGGCAGAAAACCGUUCCCAACGUCUUCAUCAACAAGACGCACCUCGGCGGCUGUGACAAAACCAUGCAGGCCCAUAAAGACGGCAGCCUGCAGCAGCUACUGGGUGGAGAAAACGAAGCCUACGACUACGACCUCAUUGUCAUCGGAGGAGGAUCUGGAGGUCUGGCCUGCUCAAAGGAAGCCGCUAUGUUGGGGAAGAAGGUCAUGGUUCUGGACUUUGUUGUUCCAACACCAAAAGGAACCAGCUGGGGUCUGGGCGGAACAUGCGUGAACGUCGGCUGCAUUCCCAAAAAGCUGAUGCACCAGACGGCCCUCCUGGGCACGGCCUUGCAGGACGCCCGCAAGUUCGGCUGGGAGUUCGACGAGACAGGUGAGGGCUCAGAGCAACGACCCAGGAGGUCUCGAAGGGGAGACAUCGCACCAGCUUGCCGCGUGAAACACAACUGGGAGACGAUGAAGACAGCGGUGAACAACUACAUCGGCUCGUUGAACUGGGGCUACAGGGUCGCGCUGAGAGACAAGAAUGUCAACUAUGUCAACGCCUAUGCAGAGUUCAUUGAACCACACAAAAUCAAGGCAACAAACAAACGAGGGAAGGAGACAUUUUACACAGCGGCUAAGUUUGUCUUAGCCACAGGCGAGAGGCCGCGCUACCUGGGCAUCCCUGGAGACAAGGAGUACUGCAUCACCAGCGACGACCUCUUCUCGCUGUCUUACUGCCCGGGAAAGACCCUGGUGAUCGGGGCGUCUUACGUGGCUCUGGAGUGCGGGGGCUUCCUGGCCGGCCUGGGUCUCGACGUCACCGUCAUGGUCCGCUCCAUUCUGCUGAGGGGCUUCGACCAGGACAUGGCCAACCGUGCCGGGGAGCACAUGGAGGAGCACGGGGUCAAGUUCCUCCGCAAAUUCAUCCCUGUAAAGAUAGAGGAGCUGGAAGCAGGCACUCCUGGCAAGCUGAAGGUGACAGCCAAGUCUACAGAAACUGAUGAGAUCCUGGAGGGAGAGUACAACACUGUGUUGAUAGCGGUGGGCCGAGACGCAUGCACAGACAAGAUUGGCCUGGACAAGACAGGGGUCAAAGUCAACACCAAGAAUGGAAAAAUUCCAGUCAACGAUGAAGAGCAGACCAAUGUGCCCCACAUCUACGCCAUUGGAGACAUUCUGGAGGGCAAAUGGGAGCUGACACCUGUAGCCAUCCAGGCUGGCAGGCUGCUGGCACGACGCCUUUACGCGGGCUCAACACUCAAGUGCGACUACAUCAACGUUCCCACCACAGUCUUCACCCCACUGGAGUACGGCUCCUGCGGCCUGUCAGAGGACAGAGCCAUUGAGCUCUACGGGCAGGAGAACAUCGAGGUGUACCACAGUCUGUUCUGGCCUCUGGAGUUCACUGUGCCCGGCAGGGACAACAACAGGUGCUACUCCAAGCUCAUCUGCAACAAACUCGACAAUGACCGAGUCAUCGGCUUCCACUACCUGGGUCCAAACGCUGGAGAGGUGACGCAGGGCUUCGGUACUGCCAUGAAAUGCGGUGCCACCAAGGAGCAGCUGGACGGCACCAUUGGCAUCCACCCGACCUGUGCUGAGGUCUUCACCACUUUGGAUGUAACCAAGAGCUCCGGUGGAGACAUCACCCAGGCCGGCUGCUGAGGUUAAACCCUGCUCGUUUAGCGGGCUGCUCUCGUAUUAAACUCGCCUAUCAACACCUCUCAUCUUAGUUCCCAGUCAACCUCAAGCUCACCUUCACCUCCAGCCGCCUCAGUUUACAGGGCAGUUGUUUCUCAGGACAAACCUAACACGGCGGCCAGCGGCUCACUGGGAACUAGGAGGUGACCGAAGGAAGCCGGAGCGUCCGGCUCUGGCUGAGGUAGUCUGAUACGAGGGCAGCCUGCUGAACAGCGGGGUUACUCUGCUGAUAUUCCUACUGGGCUCCACCAGUGUGUCCUUCUCAGAGGAGCACCAGCACACACACACACACUGUACCGCUGAGUAUGUGUAUGUGUGUGUGUGUGUCGGGGCUGUUUGUGACGUCCUGGCCCGUAACCCUAAAUAUUGAGGUGGGCUAGGAUCGAUGUCCCUCUGCAGAAGCACCUGAUGGUUGCCCGAACCCUUCGUCCAACCCCCAACUCACCCCUGAUAUA